AUGUGUGACACCGGAAGUGAUUUCUUGUGGCUGAAACACACGUACAGACCACAGCGCUAAUACUAAUUUUGCCUUUAUGAUAUCAACUAAGCAGUAAACAUGGAAUAAUUGUUAAUUUAACGCUUGGAAAUCUUUGUGUAUAAAUAUGGCUACAAAGCGUAAGUCAGAUGCUCCGGUGCCCGCUGAGGAAAGCGACCAGCUUCUCAUAAGACCGCUGGGAGCUGGUCAAGAAGUGGGUAGAUCCUGCAUCAUUCUGGAAUUCAAGGGGCGUAAAAUAAUGCUGGACUGUGGUAUCCACCCUGGUUUAGAGGGAAUGGACGCUUUGCCAUACAUUGAUUUGAUCGACCCUGCUGAAAUCGAUCUACUUCUCAUCAGUCACUUUCAUCUGGACCACUGUGGUGCACUGCCAUGGUUUUUACAGAAAACAAGUUAUAAAGGAAGGACUUUUAUGACCCACGCGACCAAAGCUAUUUACCGUUGGCUACUUUCUGACUACGUCAAAGUCAGUAAUAUUUCAGCAGAUGACAUGUUGUAUACAGAGACAGACUUGGAAGAAAGCAUGGACAAGAUUGAGACGAUCAACUUCCAUGAGGUGAAAGAGGUGGCUGGCAUUAAGUUCUGGUGUUACCAUGCUGGCCAUGUCUUGGGUGCAGCCAUGUUUAUGAUCGAGAUCGCUGGUGUGAAGAUUCUUUAUACUGGAGAUUUCUCUCGACAAGAAGACAGACAUUUAAUGGCAGCGGAGAUUCCUAGCGUUAAGCCAGACAUCUUAAUCACGGAGUCUACAUAUGGAACCCACAUCCAUGAGAAGAGAGAGGAAAGAGAAGCGCGUUUUUGUAACACAGUCCAUGACAUCGUGAAUCGAGAAGGCCGCUGUCUAAUCCCCGUCUUCGCCCUGGGUCGAGCACAAGAGCUCUUGCUCAUCCUCGAUGAAUAUUGGCAGAAUCAUCCUGAGCUUCAUGACAUUCCUAUUUACUAUGCCUCAUCCCUGGCCAAAAAGUGCAUGGCUGUGUACCAGACUUAUGUGAACGCCAUGAAUGACAAGAUCCGCAAAGCCAUCAACAUCAACAACCCCUUUGUCUUCAAGCACAUUAGCAACCUCAAGAGCAUGGACCAUUUUGAUGACAUCGGCCCCAGUGUGGUGAUGGCGUCUCCUGGUAUGAUGCAGAGUGGCCUCUCUAGAGAGCUGUUUGAAAGCUGGUGCACUGACAAGAGGAACGGUGUGAUCAUCGCUGGCUACUGUGUGGAGGGAACGCUUGCCAAGCACAUCAUGUCUGAGCCGGAGGAGAUCACCACCAUGUCGGGCCAGAAGCUGCAGUUGAAGAUGUCUGUGGACUACAUUUCCUUCUCAGCUCACACUGACUACCAGCAGACCAGCGAGUUCAUUCGAGCACUCAAACCACCCCAUGUGAUACUGGUCCAUGGAGAACAGAAUGAGAUGGCCCGCCUCAAAGCAGCUCUCAUUUUAGAGUAUGAAGAAAAUGACGACGAGCGCAUUGAGGUUCACAAUCCCCGCAACACUGAGGCAGUCACACUCAAUUUCAGAGGAGAGAAACUGGCCAAGGUGAUGGGUUCUCUUGCAGAUAAGAAGUGUGCACAGGGUCAGAGGGUAUCUGGGAUCUUGGUGAAACGUAACUUCAGUUAUCACAUCCUCACGCCCUCAGAUCUCUCGAAUUAUACAGAUUUGUCUAUGAGCACAGUGAAGCAGUCUCAAGCCAUUCCCUUCACUGGACCCUUCUCUCUACUGCACAGCCAGCUACAUCACUUAGCAGGGCAUGUAGAAGAGAUGGAGACAGCCGAGAAAAACACAUUAAGGAUAUUUAACAGCAUCACACUGAUUCAUGAUGCCAACAUGGUCAUACUGGAGUGGAUUGCCAACCCUCUGAAUGACAUGUAUGCGGAUGCAGUCGCUACUGUGGUUCUGGAGGUCCAGUCAAAUCCAAAAGCCCAGAAACCAAUACAGCCCACGGAGGAGAAGGUGGACAUGGAUGUCUUCCAGAACAGACUACAGAUCAUGUUCCAUGACAUGUUUGGUGAGGAGUGUGUAGACUUUAAGGACAAACGCAAUCUGUCUGUAACAGUCGAUGGCAAGACUGCCUACAUUAACCUGGAGACCAGGACGGUGGAGUAUGAGGAAGGCAGCGUCGAUGACGAGUCUCUCAGAGAGAUGGUGGAACACGCUGUAGAGAGGCUUUACGAUGCCAUGAAUCCUGUGACAUGAGCAUGAGCACAAGGCAACUCUUCUACUUUCACCUCCCAACCUGAACGUGCGGAAUAUAUAAAACAACACGAGGACAUCACACCUGCUGUUUCACUGGACAUUACAGAUAAUAUUUUUGUUUUUUCUUUUUAUAUGUUCAAAAAAGAAAGUGCGCUUUGUAAGGAUGGAUAUCAUCCAAAAUCCAUUCAUUAAAAACCCAUCUCUAGA